GUCAGUUUGGUUGUGACAUCCAUGAGUUGUGACAUGUACAGUUCGCGCUGUUGCUGUAGCUCCGAUAUGUAAUGGAAUUCAAGCGUCCGUGAUGUAGGGAUUAAAGUUUAUUUGAAUAAGAUAUGCGUAUUUGUUGUUUAUGACACAAACUGUCUGUUAGCCGUGUUGUUUGAACUUUAAUUUUUUUUCCCCAAAAUUUUUGCGGAUGUAAUAAUUGUGGUCUGUGAAUAUCCAAACAUCGCGGAAUGAUUAAUGCGCCGCCAUGAGCUCGGGCAGCGGACAGCAGCAGCAGCCGGCGGCGGCGGCCAAGCAGUCGGGCCUCAGGCCGCCGGCCAAGAUCAGCCGCCCCUGCUCCGUGGCGCCCAAGCCCGGACUGCCCGCCGCUGCCACGCCGCGAGCCAACGGUGCGGCCAGUUCAGCCGUCCGAAAAGGAAGUGAAGAUGUUCCCAAAAAAAAGUCCUUGGAGGCGGUCUCCUCGGUGGAAGCUCUGUGGCAGCACGCUCGCCGGCUCAGCGAGGCCGGGGUGCGCCGCCUGUCAGAUGCCAGCGUGAUCCUUACGGAAGACACUGACAGCUUUAUCAUCGGCGAGAAAGUAUGGGUGGGUGGCAGCAAGCCAGGCCAGAUUGCGUACAUCGGAGAGACGCAGUUCGCCCCUGGAGAUUGGGCCGGAGUGGUGUUGGAUGAACCAGUCGGCAAGAACGACGGGUCGGUGGCAGGGGUGCGCUACUUCCAGUGCGAGCCGCGGCGGGGAGUGUUCUCGCGCCUCACGCGGCUCACCAGGUCGCCACUGUCGCAGUCCGAACUGGCCCAGAGGAACGACUGCAUGUCGUCCAGCGUCUCGUCGGGCGUCUCGAGCCCGACGCGCCGGCUCACGCCCGCCCUGUCCCCGGCCAGCAGCGUCAAGGAGCUCCACCUGAAGAAGAUGUUCACUCCGGCCACCUCCCAGAACGUGGCUAACCCCGACUUGAAGCUGGGCGAGAGGGUGAUAGUGAUGAGCAGCCAGGGCUCAAAGGCAGGCCUUCUCCGCUACAUGGGGACCACGGAGUUCGCCUCGGGCCAGUGGUGUGGGGUGGAACUGGACGACCCUCUGGGCAAGAAUGAUGGCACCGUAGAGGGUGUCAGGUAUUUUGAGUGCCAGCCGAAGUUCGGGCUGUUCGCGCCCUUGCACAAGGUGAGCAAAUCGCCGUCCAGCCGCCGGCCGUCCUGCCAGCUGCACCACGGGCCCGGGUCCGCGCUGAAGAAGACGGGCUCUCGGGAGUCGCUGACGUCCAUGAAGAGCGCGGCCUCGUCGGUGACGGGCACCAGGGUAAGGCUGGGCGUCACGUCCUUGAGCAAGAGCUUGCAGAGGUCGGUGGUUCGCACACCGACUUCCACAACAGGGACCAGAACUUUCCAGGAUGCGCUGAAGGAGAAGGAAGAAUACGUGGCAAAGCUGCUGAAGGAGCGGGAACUUGAGAGGGCGGAGGUGACUCGUGCUGCUAGCCAGGCCGAAGAGGCCGAACAGAAACUUGCCAAAUUUCAAAAAGAGUUUGAAGAGUACAAGAAAGCCUGCGAUGGGAGGAUACAGGACUUGCAGAGAAUGGUGGAGAAACUGGAGAUGGAGAGAAGAGAACUCUCCAGCCAGCUUGAAGACGAAAAGAGGCGUAUUGAAGACAUCCAGUUUAGAUUCGAGGAAGAAUCCAUCAUCAAAACAGAUCUGGAGGUAGCUAAUGCAGCUCUAGUGAAACAGAUUCAAGAACUGGAAGAGAACUUAGCGGAAGAGCGACGUAAGUCAGAACGUUUGGAGCAGGAUUCCAAUAAGCUUUUUGAAACUGAAGAAGCUCUUGCCCGAACCAGAGAAGAUUUUGAAACGCUGCGCAAGGAACUGGACAGUGCUCUUUCAGAAAUGAAGGUGAGGUCCAGUACGAUAGACCUGGACCAUCAGAAAAGUGGGGAGGAACUGACGAGGCUGCGGCAGAGUUUCGGUGAGCUCCAGGCAGAGCUGAAAGCCAAAGCGGAGGAGGCCGAUAACAGCAGUAAAGCACACGAAAUUGAAAUCUCGAUACUUCGAACUGAAGCACAAGAAUCUGAAAACCAGCUGAAGCAACAGCUGGAGAAAUUGACUCUGCAGCAUUUGGAGGAAGUCCAAGCCCUGAAAACCAACCUGGAUGACCUGCGGAGGACUCAAGAGAUAAGCACGCAAGGGGUGGAGAGUACUGUUAAAGAACGUGACAAUGAGAUUAACUCAUUGAAGGAGCAACUUGGAGAUAGUAUGAAACUGCUGCAGCUCAAAUCGGAAGAAUUGGUACAGAUAACAGAAUCUCAUAAACAAUCUGAAGUUCAAUUGCACAAAGAAAUUAGUGAGCUGAAAACAUCUUUAGAAGCAAAGUCUGCGGAGAUAGAGAAAUCUUUGUUAGAGGUGCAGAAGAAAGAUGGCGAAAUUUCUGACCUGAAAUUACAACUUGAUGAACAUAAAAGAUUACUUGAGGUAAAAUCUGAAGAUCUUAACAAACAUAUCAGUGAAGUGAGCAAUUUGGAAAGUUCCUCAAAAGAAAGAAUUGAAGAAGUUCAGAAAGUUUUGAAAGAAAAGACAGACGAUCUAGCUCGAAUCCGUGAAGAGCACUCAAGUGAAAAUAAAAAAUAUGAGGAGACUAUCAGUGAAAUACAGAAACAAUUGGAAGACGAAAAAGCACGAGUAAUCAGUGGGCAGUUGGAAGUGGAGAAUUUGAAGGCAGAAGUUACUAAAAUCUCUGAAUCUUUGAAUCAGACAUUCGGCAAGCAGUUAGAGGAGAAAGAUUCACAGCUGCAGGAGCUAAAGGCAAAGCUAUCGAAUGUAGAAGGAGUGUUAGCGACUGUGAAACAUGAGUGUGCCAAUCAGAAGGAAGCUCUACAGAAGAAAGAAGCAGAGGUUUUGGCAGAAAAGGAGAAGACCUCAACUCUCUCUGAAAAACUUAAUUCAUCAGCUUUAGCCAAUGAAAAGUUGAUUAUGGAAAUGGAGAAUUUACGUUUUGAAAUUGGGGAACUUCAGAGAAAACUACAAGUUUCAGAUGAAAAAGUUGGUAGGAUUUCUCAACAAAAACAAAAACUGGAAGAUGAUAUGUCAGCACUGAUGAACUCGUCAACUGACUCCUCCACCCAGCUGAGCAAGCUGAGCGCGGAGCUGAAAGAGCACGUGGGCCAUCUGGACGCAGUCCGAGAGCGUGUUCCGCUGGCCAAGCAGACAGCGGCUAGACUGCGCCACGUGUUGACACAGACUCGGCAGCAGUGGGAGAAGUCGACUCAAGACGUGCAACUGCAGAUGCAGCAGGUCGCCAGCUUCGUUCAGAAAAUACACGAUGAGAGCAACUCCAAGGAAGCGGAGAGAAAACUUAGUGAGGAAAGGUUCAGGAGAGAAGUACAAGAAUUGAAAUCAGGGUACGAGGUGACGUUAUCGGAAUUGCAGCGCGAACUGCAGGGGAAAAUAGAGGAAAAGGUUAAUUUGGUAUCGGAAUGGGAGCAGAAACAUCAUCUGAAUGAGACAGUUAUACAAGAUCUUAAAGCCCAGUUGAAUCAAGCUUCUGAGCAAUCUCUACAGAAGGAAAAUGAACUGAGUACCGAAAUAGUGUCUCUCAGAAAAAAGCUGGAAGCUGUUGAGAAUGACGUGAAGGCAAAAUCUGAGUUGCUUGUGGCAAGUGAACAAGAUUUGAGAUCUAAGUUAGAACAGUUGACUGAUGAAAACAAAAAUAUAUUGGAACAGAAGAACCAAGAAGCAGAGUUGAAAAUUCAAAGUCUACAAAAGGAGAUUUCAGUAGCAAAAUGUUCAGCAGAGAAUAAAGACAAGGAACUUGCAAUAAAAUGUGAGGAGAUAGCUUCAAUGCAACAAGAAAUCAGCAACAAAGAAAAAUAUAUCAAAGAAGCAGAUGAAAAAAUUAAACUCGCCAAUGAGGAGAUUAUGGAAUUCAAAAAGCUGAAAGCAGAUUUGGAAAAUGUGGUGAAAGAGCAAGACCAAAAAUUGUCUGAAUUGAAUACAAACGUGGACGAACUGCAAAAUGCCAACACUUCCUUGCAAAGAAACAUGGAAGCUGUUCAGGCAGAACUAACAGAAGUAAAUAAACAAAUGAAAAAACUAGAGGAAGAUAAAGCUCAUUCCGAAAAACAGCUUUCAGAACAAAUAAUGAAAGUGACGGAGCUCACAAAAAUUAUUGCUACUGUAAAAGACGAAAAGAGUUCUAAUGAAACAGCAGUGAAAGAAAAAGAUUCGAAACUGUUAGCCAUCAUGGAAGAACUUGAAACAAUUCGAAGGGAGAAGUCUGAAUCGGAAAAGUUGGUCCAGGAGGAACGCAGUAAGAUGGAAGAUGCCUUAGCAGAACUCGCCAAACUGCGUAAGGAGAAAAGCGAAACAGAGAAGCUGGUAUCUGAAAGGGAUGGUAAGAUUGCUGCAAUCUUGCAGGAGGUGGAAAGACUGAAGCACGAGAUUGGCAGGCAUCAGGAGGAAGUGAAGACGCAGUUAGAACGCACCAAGCAGGAGGAAGAGUUUGCGAAGGAAGUGAGGACUAAACUGGAGUCUGAGAAGGUUCGCAUUGACGAGUUGGAGGGGAAACUCCACGUGACGGAGAGCGAAAGGGAUGAACUCAGCAAACGCUGUGAACUCCUGUCGCUGACCUCUCAGAACAACACAGAGUUGACAGCAGAGCUUGCCACUCUUCAGAAACAACUUCAUGACAGUAAGCAGAGUGAACACGAGCUCAAACAGAAAAGUGAAAUAGAGAUCUCAAACUUGAAGAAGGCUUUGAGUGAUACAAAGUUACUUCUUUCUGAAAAAGAAAUUUCUGAGAAAGGAAAACCUGUUUUGGAGCCACUAACUCAGAAGACAGGAGUAAAAAGUCCUAAUGUCCAGGCACUUGGAGAUUCCAGCAAAAAUGGCGAAACAUUGGAAAAAAUUGCGGAGGAAAAGGAUUUUGCAGAAAGGCAAGUAAACUUCUUGAACUCGGUGAUAGUGGACCUGCAGAGGAAGAAUGAGGACUUAAAAGCCCGAGUCGAGAUCCUAGAAAUGGGGAUCCCUGCUGUGGAUGUGGACGCAUAUAACUUGAAUGGCCUCAAAAGCGAAACGAUUGUACCACGCCUGUUCUGCGACAUAUGUGACAUGUUCGAUCAGCAUGACACGGAAGACUGCCCGCGACAAGCCAAUGAAUCGCCUCCGCCGCAGCAACGGGUCAAAGCGAAAAAGAAGCCCGCAGAGGAGAGGCCUUACUGCGAGAUAUGUGAGGUAUUUGGCCACGACACUGCAGACUGUGAUGAUACGGAGACAUUUUAACAGUGGUAUAUAUAUUUUUUUUUAGGUUGAAUUUUUUACAAUAGCAAGACAUGAAUAGAUUGUUUGAAAUCUAUAGCAGUGUGAUAUUGUAACACCAACUUACAUGUGCAAACAGAGAAAUAUUGAAAUAUUUUUGUAUUGAAUUGUUAAUAUCAGCAUGUACUGUAACAUUGUAGUUCUGUACAUUGCCAUAAGUUAUGUACAAAUGCCAAGUGUUAGUAUGUUAAUAUGUUAACUAUUUGUUUCAGCCUGAAACAUGAUUGUUCCUUUUAAUUUUUAGUGUGAUUUUAAGUUAUUUUAGCUUUUUGAAGCAAUUAUUUUAGUGAAAUCACAUUUUGUGUCAGAUGUUAUUCUUGUACCAGUGUGUUCAUGAAAGCAGAGGUAAGGCACAUUUUUAUACUAUAUAUAAAAAUUUGUUAGUGCUCAAGUUUUUUAUAGGAAGUUUUAUACAAACUAAGUAAUUGAUACAUUUGGUCUGAGAAGGCAAUUACACAACUUUUCAUUGUUUGUGGAAAUACUGUAUAGUUUACUUAACUCGUUGAUGCAGGUGUGUUUUGAGAAAAUUUGUUCAAUAGCUUAUUGAAAAAUUAUUACUUUUUUUUUGCCAUUAUCAAAAGGACGACAGUAAAUGUAGAAUUAUUGUUAUAUUCAUUGUAUAAAACAAAUUUCAUCCGAAUAUUAUUGGCACAAAAGUUGUGAUGAUUAAAAUCUAUUUAGGUAUUGACCAUGUAUAAAAUGGCAUAUAGUUAGUCUAUAUGGUACCUUUUGCAAGAUCUCUGAUUUUAUUUAUAUAAGCCUUUGCUUUACUUGAAAUUUAUUUUAAUGAGCUUGAUUAUCAGGUUUCAAACAAGUUUUGAGUAUCAUUAAUGUUUCAUUUGUGUGCUGCAGUAAAGCUGUGUUUGGGACAUACAGUUGUGUAUUAGUGUUUAAGAAGAGGUGCAACAUGUACGUACUAAAUGUACAGUCAUGGAAAUGCAGUACAUGUAGUAAAUGGUUUCUUUUCCUUCAAGACUUAACCUACCACAAUACCUGAACAAGAAUAAUAGGGCUGUUUUAACUCCUGUUACAAGUAAGGAACUAAUGUGCACAAUGAAUUAUACAAUUACUGGGCCCAACCUGUAGCAAAACAAUGAUGUAUUCAUCAUAGAAACAUUAACAGCUGUAAAGUCAUAUGGAAAACUUUUUAAAUAUUAUUUUUAUGUUUUUUUAUUAUUUUUUUAUUAGAGGGGCAGAGAAAAACUUGAUUAUUGCUAACAAUAUGAUACAUAUUGUGUCUAUACCUAUAUUUGAAUUUUGUUUUAAAAAUAAAUUAAAUUCAUACAAUUAAAUUUUUGUAAUGAUUAAUCUGCUCUUCAGAAAAAAAAUUUAUUUGUUUAAACGUAUCCAUUCAUUUAACAUGCAGAAAAUGUCCUGUGUGUGUAAAAAUGGUGUAUUUUAUGCAAUAAAUAGUGCACAGUAUUUAAGAUUAUGGUAAUUUUAUUCAGUGAAAAAUUAUUAUUUGAAUUUACUAUUUAACUUUUAUAGUAAUAUGGUAAUAUAAUGGUUUGUGGUAGUGCUGUUUAUGCUUAUUUAAUUUUUGCCACGUUGUUGAAAAAACUUCAUUCUUAAUGUGUAAGUAAAGACAUUUAGAAAAACAAAAAAGGUUAUUAUUAAAUAUUAAGAUACAUUUUUCAUAUUUAAUAAAUGAUAUAGAAAUUAAAAGAUGUACCACCUUAGUUAAUAAAUGUUAGUGAAGGUUAAAUUUGCAAAAAGAAAAGGAACAUAACCCAAUUUUUUAAAUUACAAACUAUUUGAAUCAACAGCUAAGAAUGUUUCAUAGCCUGUAAGACAGUAGUGGUUCUAUUUGAUGUUUCUGUUAUUUAAAAAAAUGUUUUUUUUUUCUGUAAUAAAUUGUUGAACUUUUUCUAAAAGCUUAUUUAAGCAUUUUAAAAUGUUACUGUUCUUACAUUUCAGGUGUUUUGUGUAUUAUUAAAAUAUUUAUUUAUGUUAAUAGCUGUUCAUCAACAAUAAUCAUGCAAAAUUAGAAAAUUGUAGCUAAUUUUGUGCAAUAAAUACAUAAAAUGAGCAGGUAAAACUGUAU